UAUGGACCAUUUCUUAAGAUUCAUUAAUCCCCAUGUCUUUUUGGGAUGUGUGCAGUUCUUGCAAUUACAAACAUCUAAAGAAAACGAGGCUCUUCUUGGCACAAGACUUUUUGAAAGGUUAAUAAAAAUAGGUGUGUCUUAAGAAAAAAUUGAUUAAAUCAUGCAACAAGACAAUUUAAAUGGCAAACUUGCUUCAGUUGCAGAAUUGCUUAAACUAAGAUAAAGAGCACUUAUAGAUUAUGUCUAAGAAAAUUUAUGGACAGUGGAAGAAGCUUAUUAAGCAUUAAUAAUAUUAUUUGAUUAAGGACAAUAUGAGAAAGCUACAGAAAUUGUUGAUAAUUUAUAUCCAUGUGUUGAAGCAACUGAGAAGUUAAAUCAUUUAAAAAAUGGAUUUUUAUGGGCUAGAUUAGUAAAUAAUUGCAUAUAUCAAUUUAGAAUUGUAAAUUAAUUGGAUUGUUUAAGAACACAAAUAAUGCUACAACAUGUAUUGAAGCAAUUAAGGAUUUAUUAAAAUAAGAAGAUUAAAUAAAAUAUAAUUUCAAAUAAAGAGCAAAUCUAUUACAUGCUGGAGUUUUAGUUUGUUUUAUAUCUGAUGAUACAAAUGCAUUUUUAGAACUAUUUUCAGGUGAACAAUUCUUAGAAGUAGUUCACACAAUUGCACCUUAUUUAUUAUAUUAUUAUACAGUGGCUUUAUUGAUUAAUUAAUAAUUUAAUGGUAAUACAAGUCUUGCCAUAAUUGGUACAAAUGCUAAUAAAUCAGUUCCACAUUUUCAUUUAUUAAAUUAUGUUGAAGAAAUUAUUGUUAAAUUUCAAUUCAAUAAUGCUAUAAAAAUGAUGAAUGAUAUUUCAACAGAAAUUGAUAAAGACUUUAUAGUCAAAUCUAAAAAAGUCAUCAUUAUUAAUGCAUGCAAACUUUAUUUCUUUUCAACUUAUAUCAAAAUAUUUAAUGGAGUUUAAAUAAAGUAAAAUUUAAUCUAAAAUAUAUUAGACAAUUUUCAACUUAUUUAUAAUUAAAUGAAGAAGAAACUGAAUCAUGGUUGGUAAAUGCAAUUAGAACAUUGAAUAUUAAUGCUAAAAUAGAUGGGGAUAAGAUAAUUGUUUAAAAAUAAGAUAUUAAUGCACAAAACACAUAAGUAAAUAGAUUUAUUAAUAUUAGUUAUUAAAAUAAUUAAGAGAUUUACAACCAAAAUCUAAUAUGUUAAUAUCAAACCUUUAAAGAAUUAUUAAUAUUAAGUGAAUCAUGU